GCCAACCAGUCCUCACUUCUGCAAAGCUCCCGGUGCUCGUAAGGCGGUCUUUCUCGUCUCCGUGGCGGCUCUUCCCCGCCUUUCGUCUCGGCUAUUUUUCUUUGCGAUUCCGGUCAAUUCCAUCGGAGCCGACGCAUUCACUGAACCACAGUGUUCCUGGAGUUCGGUUCUGCUUAAAAGACGAUGGCUGCUUCAACUUCAGGAUCAAAGUCCCUCAAGGAGUACCUUAAGCGUUACGAAAGCAGCGGUGUGGAGGAGGAAAAGAAGAAGAAGAAAAAGAAGACGAAGAAGAAGGGCGGAGCAGAAACAGCUGGUGCUGGUGCUAUCUUAGUCGUUGACGAGGAUCCCAUCUGGCAGAAGCCAAUAAACCUCGAAGAAGAGAAUGAUGAGGAUUCAGCUGAUGAAGCGAAGCCCCAGAUUGAUGAAGAUAUCGAAGUUAAGAGAAUGAAGAGGCUGGAGCAACUCAGGUCCAGGCGUCCUUAUCAUUCCAUAGCUGAGGAUGGAAGUGGUUGGGUGUCACUAUCGACAGAUCAUCCAGAUACGAUCGAUCAGAACCCUGACAUCUCCCCGCCCCAAAGACGUAGGGCCCGGAAUGACACCCCCUCACCGGAACCAGAACUUAGAUCUGCUCAGAGACGCCAGGAUACUCCAUCGCCUGAACCCAGACAGUCCCAUGGACUGAAUUCAGAAUCCGCACCAGAUGGUGAUGUGUCCCCACCUCGCAGGCGCAGGACGCGCAAUGACACACCAUCGCCCAAGCCGAACAGGAUGCGCUCAGAUCUUGGAAAGGAAGAGGAUGACCUGUCACCUCCACGGCAGCGGAGGAAAACUGAGACUACUCUAUCACCUGAUGCCUCUCCACCAAGGAGGCCUCAUUCUCGAAUUGCUGCAGUUCGUGAAUCUGGUCCAGCUGGUGAUAUGUCCCCACCUCGCAGACACAGGGUUCGUAAUGACAAACCAUCUCCUGAGCCAAGCAGGAUCCAUGCAGAUUUUGGCCGGGAACAUGAUGACUUAUCACCUGUGCGGCAGCAAAAGAAAAAUGGCCAUCCUCUAUCACCUGAUAUUUCACCACCCAGACGACCUCAGUCUCGAAGACUGGAAUCUUCUGAUCUCUCCCCCCCUCGAAGGGGUCGUCGUAGUUUUGAUAACAUAGACCUUUCACCUCCAAGAAGGGGGAGGAGGGAAGAUAGAGCUGAUAUUCCACUUGCAUCUUCAGUUUCUGAUCUUUCUCCGCCAAGGAAAAACAGGAAGGAUUCAGAUCUGAUAGACUCGAAAGAGUGGAGGAGAGGUGGUUUAAUUUUGGCCGAGGACACUAGCAAAGAGAUAGCUAAAACUAAAGCAGACGAGCAAUUGAGGUUCCAAGCUUUGGAUCCUUCUCUGACAGGCAAAGGUGCCGAGCCUGUAUAUCGGGACAAAUUAACAGGAAGACGGUUAUCAAAAGAGGAGCUGUUGAAAUCCAAGGAGGAAGAGAAGCCCAAGGAGAAGAAAUUGGAAUGGGGCAAAGGCUUGGCUCAGAAAAGGGAGGCUGAAGAGAGACUACGGGAGCUAGAACUUGAGAAAGAAAAACCAUUUGCCAGGACUAGAGAUGAUCCAGAACUUGAUAAAGUGCUGAAGGAUAGAGUGAGAUGGGGAGAUCCAAUGGCACACUUGGUGAAGAGAAAAGCUUCAGACCCAGUCCUUCCGGAUUUUGGGGACAACGAGAAGAUGAAGGAAUCAGGGUUCAUAGUUCCUCAAGAGAUUCCCAGUCACAGCUGGAUAAGGAGGGGCUGCGCUUCUGCACCAAAUCGAUACGGCAUAAGACCAGGAAGACACUGGGAUGGGGUUGAUCGUAGCAGCGGUUUCGAGAAUGCAAUGUUCAAGAGAAUGAAUGAGAAACGAGCCACUGAAAGAGAAGCUUACCUUUGGUCCGUGUCUGACAUGUAAUUGUUUCCCCUUGUAACCCGGAGCUGGAAGGAAAGAUUGAAGCUGAAGGAAUGGCGCUGUUUUAGUGCAAACCUUUGUCUGCUGGAGUUGUGAGCUAUUAUCUGUACUGCUGAAAUUCCGCUCAAUGGAUCUGCUGAACUUGCAUUGCUCAGGAGUAGAUUGGGUGACGAAAAUAUUUAUUUUUCUCUUCGAUGCAGAGAGUAAUACUGUGAUACAUGUCUUUUGCUGCUACUGUGGGAUUCAGCGAGAUUUGAAAGCAUGUGGACAGCGCACUUAAACCCUAUUUGAAAGUCCAGAGUAGAGUUCGAUGCUGCUAGGACCGAGUUAGCCCGAACGACUGGGUAUGGGACGUCUUCAGAGUCUUGGACAUAUGUACAGGCUCUACAAUAAGCAGUAGAGGCCGUAUAGCAUCUGGUUUGGUUGGUUUCCGUACUCUCAGCGAACUUAGUCGGGUUUGAGUCAGAUAUUUCAGGUCUAAUCAUGUCUUAUAAAUCGUUCAUCUUAUCCAAGCAUAAUUAUGUUAACAUUUA